AUGGACGGCCAGACGCUGAACCCCGUCCCGUUUCACGCCCCAUGCGAGCCACGCUCGGCGCACGAAACGUUUCGCUUCCUGGCCGAAGCGCCGUUCCUAUACGUCCCUUUGUUCGAUCAUCGUCACUUCCACUUCCCACCAUGCAAUCUGCCUCCGCAUCUCGAGAUUCCGAAAUUCGAAACGCGGGCCGAAAGGGAGACGGAGGCGAAACCCGCCGUCCUCGACGGGAUCGCCGCCGUGGUGGGCGAGGACGUGCUCUUCGGAAAGAAUGAGAGGAAGAAGGAAGCCGAGGGCGGCGGCGGGGCGGCCCGAAUCCUCCCGCCGCGCGCCGUGCCCGAGCCGAGGGAAGUGCAUGGGGACGACCACGGCGACCGCAAGGCCCGAGACGUUGCUGGGCAGAGGAGCUAUAGGGGGGUGAGGAAGAGGCCAUGGGGGAGGUGGUCGGCGGAGAUCAGGGACAGGGUAGGGAGGUGCAGGCACUGGCUGGGGACGUUCGACACGGCGGAGGAGGCGGCGAGGGCGUACGACGCGGCGGCGAGGAGGCUGAGGGGUGCCAAGGCGCGAACCAACUUCCAGAUACCCCCUGUGGUGCCGUUCCUGUCGCGGCCGCCGCCGGGAAACGGCAACAACAGCAGGAACAGGAACGGUGGCGGGGGAGGGAAGAAGAGGAAGGACGGGUUGGAUGGUGGGAGGAAAUGCUCGGUCGUGACGUCAAUGGAGCACCUGUUCAGUUCAACAAACGGUCGUGGCGUUGGCGUCGGCGUUGGAGGUGGUAACGGCAAGAGUAAUGUGGAGCUGGAUUUGAAGCUGGGUGUUGGGUUAGGUCUUAGGAGGAAUACUUCCGCUACAGCAAUGGCUGUUCAAGCUUUAUUGUAA